AUGGACCUUUCAUUAAACGAAUUGGCUGGUCCAAUACCUCCCUCACUUGGUAACCUAUCCUCUCUAAGAGUACUCUCUCUAUGUUAUAGUCAAUUGAGUGGGAGCAUACCUGAAAGCAUUGGUCAAUUAUCAAUGCUUGAAAGCCUUUAUCUUUCUUAUAAUCGAUUGAGUGGGAGCAUACCUGAAAGCAUUGGUCAAUUAUCAAUGCUUGAAAGCCUUGAUCUUUUUUAUAAUCGAUUGAGUGGGAGCAUACCUGAAAGCAUUGGUCAAUUAUCAAUGCUUGAAAGCCUUGAUCUUUCUGAUAAUCGAUUGAGUGGGAGCAUACCUGAAAGCAUUGGUCAAUUAUCAAUGCUUGAAAGCCUUUAUCUUUAUAAUAAUCAAUUGAGUGGAAGCAUACCUGAAAGCAUUGGUCAAUUAUCAAUGCUUGGAAGCCUUGAUCUUUCUGGUAAUCGAUUGAGUGGGAGCAUACCUGAAAGCAUUGGUCAAUUAUCAAUGCUUCAAAACCUUGUUCUUUCUCGUAAUCAAUUGAGUGGAAGCAUACCUGAAAGCAUCAGUCAAUUAUCAAUGCUUGAAAUCCUUCAUCUUGACGAUAAUCGAUUGAGUGGGAGCAUUCCAACUAGUAUUGGCCAGCUUUCAAACCUCAUUGAACUAGAUGUCAAUAAUAACUCAUUGGUUGGGGUUGUUUCGGAACAUCACUUCACCAAACUUCACAAUCUAACCGAAUUGUCCUUGUCUGAUAAUUCAUUAACGCUGAAUGUCAGCACUCAUUGGAUUCCUCCCUUCCAAUUGACGUAUUUUUCUGCACGCUCCUGUAACGUCGGACCUCAAUUCCCAAAUUGGCUUCAGACGCAAACAAAUCUUGAAGUUUUAGGUCUUUCAAAUUCGGGUAUUGGAGAUACAAUACCAGAGUGGUUUGAGAACAUCACCUCUCAUCUCCAAGGACUGGAUUUGUCCCACAACCAGAUUGAUGGAAACCUAUCACGACUAAUUACAAGCCCAGGUCUCGCUUAUUUAUUUCUUGGGAAAAAUCGCUUCACCGGAAGCAUUCCAACACAGUUAUGCGAGUUGGUUCAUAUAUUAGGACUGGAUUUAUCCGAUAAUAACUUCUUUGGAGUUCUUCCCAAAUGCUUAGGGAACUUGAUUCAGUUACGGGUGAUGGAUUUUACAAAUAACACUAUAGUCGGUGAUGUUCCAAAGUCAUUCGGUUUCCUAUCUAACCUCGAGUCAUUACACUUGCACAACAACAAGUUUGAGGGCAAUCUUCCAGUGGCUUUACAGAACUUGACAAACCUAGUCACCUUUGAUUUAGGGAAUAACUUGUUGACGGGUAAUAUCCCUUCUUGGAUUGGAAAAAAAUUAUCAAAGCUUGCAAUCUUGAAUCUCCAAUCAAAUAAUUUCACGGGUAAGAUCCCACUCGAACUCUGUCAAAAUAAUGCUCUUCAGAAUUUAAACUUAGCGAAUAAUAACAUAAUUGGAAUGAUCCCUGGUUGCUUUUAUAACUUAUCCGGUAUGAUCGUGACUAGUGUUGACUUUGGAUACAAUGGAGGAUAUGAAGAAAACGUUGAGGCUUGCAUAAAGGGUAUUCAAUUGAAGUACACCAAAACACUUAAGUUUCUUACAUCCUUAGACUUGUCAAGCAACAAAUUUAUUGGUGAAAUUCCUGAUGUUUUAAUGAACCUUAUAGCGUUGAACAACUUGAAUCUUUCUAGAAACUUGUUAAGUGGACAGAUUUCGUCCAGGAUUGGAGAUCUAAAGCAAUUGGAAUCUUUAGAUAUUUCGAUGAACUUGUUGUCUGGACAAAUUCCUCCGAGUUUGGCUACCUUGAACUUUCUAAGCUACUUGAAUUUAUCCUUCAACAACUUAUCUGGUCAAAUACCGUCUGGACAUCAACUCCAAACUUUAGGCGAUCCAUUAGCUAUCUAUGGAGGAAACAACGAGCUAUGUGGGCCUACACUAUUGAAGAGUUGCAAUAGAGAUAACUUAUCAGGCACUCAUAUUAGUGAGAAAAAAGGUAAAGAUGAUAUACAAGAUUUGGGGUUGUUAAUUGGCACAGUUUCUGGUUUUGUUGUCGGAUUUUUGGGACUAAUUGGUAGCUUGUACUUGAUAAAAGAAUGGAGAGCAACUUACUUCGAGAUUAUAGAGAAUGUUUAUACGUGGCUCGUAUUAUCAGUUCUAGUGACUCUUGCACAUAUACAAAAAAAGUUUUUCUAA